GCUAAAAAAAUCUAGGGUCCAGAAAGAUUAGAGGUCGUCUAUGUUGGGGAUUUAAAAUUAUGGAAUGGAAGCGUUUGAAUUGCUCAGAGUAUGAAGAGCGCCCGUGGAAAGCCCUGGAAUUCUACAGUGGUAUUGGCGGAAUGAGAUAUUCACUGAUUGAAGCUGCAGUGAAUGCUGUCGUAGUGGAAGCAUUCGACAUUAACGACGUCGCAAAUGAUGUUUAUGAGCACAAUUUCCGUCACAGACCCCAUCAGGGUAAUAUUCAGACUCUGAGUGCUGCUGAUCUUGAUGGCUACCGGGCAGAUGCAUGGCUUCUUUCUCCUCCUUGUCAACCAUACACCCGACAAGGCCUCCAGAAAGGUUCUAAGGAUGCUCGGGCUGCUUCUUUUCUCAAGAUUUUGGAACUUAUACCCGAUGUAGCAAUGCCUCCACUGUUUCUUUUUGUGGAGAAUGUAGUAGGAUUUGAGAAAUCAGAUACACAUGAUAAAAUGAUGGAAAUCUUGGAGAAACAUGAGUUUGUCACACAAGAAUUUAUAUUGAGCCCUUUGCAGUUUGGUAUUCCCUAUUCGAGGCCACGCUAUUACUGUUUGGCAAAAAGGAAACCUCUAACCUUCAGAAGUACAAAGCAUGAUAACCAGCUUCUCUGGAACCCUGGUGCUUUUCUCUGGCAAGAUGAAAAUAUAACUUUCAAUGAUGAUGACCAGUCACAGGAGUACUGGGAGGAGUUGCUUCAGCAUUGUCAGCCCAUAGAAAAUUUUCUUGAGUGGGAAAGCUCUGCAAAUGAAUGUAAAUCAAAGUUGUUCUGCUCUUUAGCUGCUAAUAAUUCUGAAAAUGCAGAUAGUGAUGAUGCAGAUAAUGGUCUCGACAGUGACUUUUCUAAUGAGUACGUUGUCCCAACAAACUUGGUCGACAGAUGGGGAGAUGCAAUGGAUAUUGUUUUUCCAUAUUCAAAACGUUGUUGCUGCUUUACCAAAAGUUAUUAUCGAUAUGUCAAGGGAACAGGUUCCCUUUUGGCAACUAAACAGGGAAAUAUAAAAAGCAAGGCAUCGUUGAAGGAUCUCUGCCUUAGAUACUUCACCCCGAGGGAGGUUGCAAACUUGCAUUCCUUUCCAGCAGAUUUCAAGUUUCCCCAACACGUGAGCCUCAGACAGCGGUAUGCCUUGUUUGGUAAUAGUUUAAGCGUGGGCGUUGUUGCUCCUUUGCUUCGAUAUUUAUUCAUGGAGGCCCCCACUCCCAUGACACACUAGACGAAGUCCAACGAUAAAAGUGCAAAAUGUUUUAGUCUUCCAAGUGUGCCCUUUUCACAAAUGCUUGAUAUAAAAGGUAUGAAAUCAACCUUGUAUCUGAUCUCCAUUACAUUAUAAUGUUAUCAAUUUGAAUGGGUGUCCUUGAUACAGAGCUCUGUACUGUUCUUGCACUCAAAUCUCAAUAGAAUAUGUAAUUUUUGAGGGUUCGUUGUAAUGGGGAGGGAGGAAUGGAGGACACAGCAAGUUCUUGCAUUGAAGCUGUAAGGGGCAGGUUUUUUCUAUAGAUAUGCUUUUUUCCCCUCGUUUUUAUGUUGUCUGCAUUGGCUUCAGAUCCUAGCUAUUAUUGUA